AUGAUUGGCGCCAACUCGGUGGUGCACCCUCCUGGCCCGCUAUCGUGUGCAACAGACAACGACCUCUAAUCCUGACGUAACAGACAUUCUAAUGCAGCUUUUGUGUACUUUCAGUUUAUUCAGCGUCCAAGAAUCACUUGAAACCAGCUUGCACGGCUAGAAAGAAGAGAACAAGGGGCGUAGCACAAGAAAUUAGCGCAAGAGAUGUAGGUCGAUGCAUAUCAGACUUUUUAAUAUUUGUUGCAUACCGACCUGUCAACUUCGGGCAUGAACAAAUAACAAGAACAGCAGAAAAAAAAGAAAGAGUAAGUACUUUGUUCCACAGGAUAGCCGGCAAGCGGUGCCGGGGCCAACCAGGAGCAGGAGAAGCAAGUGCGGGAUACGUUCGCGAAAAUGGAGGACGCGGUGGCAAAAAACAGUUGCCUCAUGUUCUCGACCAAGUCCUGUCCCUACUGUCACUACGCAAAAGACUUUCUGCAGCAUUUUGGAAAAAAAUGCCACACCAUCCAGCUGGACGAAGAAAACAACCGACUUCUAGGCGCGGUGGUCACCGCUGUGACAAACCAGCGGACGGUACUAGAGUUCAGGGGGAAAGGAACUGAUGCUCUAGGUGUUUUAUCGGAAUAAACUGAAAAAUGUUAACUUUAUGUCUCGCUUACGUUUUUAGUGCCGCACGUUGGGCUGCGAAGAGAUAAGGAUCGCGUCUAUAGUGCAAGAGUGGGUCUUUAUCUUUAACUCCAAGCUUGUGCAGCUGGCGGCGCAACUAGACGCGUUCUUGGGGACACGGUACACUGUAGCAGAUGAAGAGAGGUUGCUUAUGGAGAUACUGGUACAACUAUUGAGGUGAAUCUAUCUCCGCAAUAAACAGGUUCCCAACAUCUUCAUCGAGCAGCUGCAUGUCGGUGGGUACGACGAACUUCUAGCUGUGGAGCAGCAGUGCCGAAACACGCAGUCGCUGCUGGCUACGGAUAAAAAAUACGAAAAGGUGUGCUCGUUUUUCUCCGAAAACAGUCCUCCUGGUGCGCAGGGGCAAGCGCAGAGCAGGGUGGGUGGGGGUUGAGGAUACGACUGGAAUAAAACGGAAACAGCUGCUCUUGCUGGAACAAGUGAACGUCAGGAAAGGUUAGCAACAGAACGACAUACGACAUGAGCGAAGCGCUCUUUUUUACCAAAAGUGACAGCGGGCAAUGAUCUGGUACAUGUUGGCAUUCAGUCAUUCAAGUUGACCCAAAAUUGGAAAAAAUAUGCUAGUGCUCGUCUCCAUAUGCCAGUUAUACUUAACAGGAGGAUUCUCGACACAAAUGUUUGUUCCUGAACAAAAAGC